AUGCCCGUGCGAGCGUACCUGCGGCACUGGUGUGCUCGGAUUGUGGCACUCAUUUUUGUGCCUAUUUGUAUCUAUUUGGUCAGCUUCAAGCUUCACUUUAUGAUCCUUUAUAAAAGUGGGUCUGGUGAUGCCCAGAUGAGCAGUCUCUUCCAGUCAAACCUGCAAGGCAGUGAACUCUCUCAGUUCCCGCUGGAAGUGGCGCUUGGCAGCAAAGUAACGCUAAAGAACAUGGGCUUUGGCGGCGGUCUGCUGCACUCUCACAUCCAGACAUACCCCGAAGGGUCACAGGAGCAGCAGGUGACCUGUUAUCACUACAAGGACACCAACAAUCAUUUUGUUCUGGCACCAUUAUUUGAUGAACCUCCUCUUCCUGGUCCUAAUGAUACUGUGACGGAGCCGCCUAUGAUCAUUCGGCAUGGUUCCGUGUUUCGACUGUCGCAUGUAGAGACGUCCAAGAGUCUUCGUGCACACAAAAGUCCCGCCCCGGUGACCAAGGAGCAUUAUGAAGUGUCUGGGCAUGGUGAUGGUACAACAGGCAAUUCCCAUGACUACUGGGUAAUUGAGAUCAUCGACGACCUGCAAAUGGGCAAAGUGCGUCCCGAAAUGCCAGUGCAUACACUUACCACGCGCUUCCGCCUGCGCAAUGUCCAAUUGGGCUGUUAUAUGCGUGCAGCCAAUGUGGUCUUGCCUGACUGGGGUUGGAAGCAGACGGAGGUGACAUGUGUGCCUGAUGACCAGCCAUAUGAUACCUUCACUCACUGGAACGUGGAGAACCACUGGAACCCUCGUCUACCGAUCUCAACGUCGAAACAGCGCUAUCGCUCUCCAUUCUUAAAGGACUUUUUGCACCUGAAUGUGGCUAUGAUGGUGUCGAACAAUGCACUGGUACCUGACGAAGAUAAGUUUGAUAUCCUGGCAUCCAAGCCGUUGGAAUGGCCGUGGAUGUGGAAUGGUCUCCGUAUGAAUGGCUGGGGUGCUGACCAGGACAAGUACUACCUCAUUGGUAAUCCAGUUGUCUGGUGGGGUAGCACUGCUUCUCUAUAUGUGGCUGUGGUAUUGCUUGCAUGGUAUAUUCUGCGGCGCCAGCGCCACAUUAUCGACAUGGAUCCCAAGACUUGGGCUGAUUUUUUGUUUGGCCUAAAGGUCGGUGGCCUUGGCUGGUUCCUGCACUAUUUUCCAUUCCUGAUGAUGGGCCGUGUGACCUACAUUCAUCAUUAUUUGCCAACUCUCUACUUUGCUGUGAUUGUGUUUGUGCAUUUGCUCGACCACUUUUUGUGGAACGAGGGCACGGCACGCUACCGCAUUGACUGGCGACUGUUCCUUCAGACUGGUCGCUUGCAGGCCGGGAAGCUGAAUCCCCUUGUUCAAGACACCUCGGCGCCUGUGUUAGGCAAGCCGUUGUCACAGCGCACCAAGAACAUUUCCUUUGGCGUAUGCGCUGCGCUUGUUAUCUGUGUGUUCCUAUGGUUCAAAGGCGUGUCCUUCGGCUUGUAUGGGGAUAUUAGCGACUGGCACUACCUCAAGUGGCGCAAGACAUGGAAUAUUUACUAG